CGUCAGUGCCAUGACAACAGAACGAAGUGCUUCAGCAAGAGGGUGGGAAAUGUAAUUUUUUUUCUAUGUGUCUGAACUCGGAGUACCAACUGCUUGCUUCACGUUACGUGGGAGCAUGUCUUUGUUCAAGGCUCGUGACUGGUGGUCAGCGUCACUUGGCAACAGUGAGGAGUUUGAUCAGGGAUGUCUAUGUGUUGGGGAUGUGGACAACAGUGGCACAGGACAUGACAAGGUGGUGGUGGGAAGUUAUAUGGGGAUGCUACGGAUUUUCUCCCCUCAUGCCAAUAAGUCUGCGGAGGGAGGUCAAGGUGUUGCUGCUUCCCAGCUUCUAGAAAUCCAGCUCCAAAAUGUCAUCAUCCAGGUGGAAGUGGGCAAGUUCGUCUCGUGUUCAGAACUUCUUCACCUUGCUGUCCUUCAUCCAAGGAAGUUGUCAGUGUACUCUGUUUCAGGCACUGCAGGCAAUGUGGAGCACGGUGACCAGUACCAGCUGAAGUUAGUUUAUGAGCACAACCUUCAAAGAACUGCAUGCAAUAUGACUUAUGGCACCUUUGGUGGAGUCACAGGUCACCACUCACUGUGUAUCCAGUCAAUGGACGGGAUGCUGAUGUUCUUUGAACAGGACAGCUACUCCUUUGGAAGGUUCCUCUGUGGUUUUCUUCUGCCAGGUCCACUGGUCUACAACCCCAGAACAGACAGCUUUCUCACGGUGUCCUCUGCAAGACAACUGGAGUGCUACAAAUACGAGACUCUGGCCAUUGCUACAGAGGCAGAAACUCGACAGGACCAUGACCUGCCACUCAAGACGGGAGGCAAGAGACUAACACCUCACUGGACAUUAGUCCUGGGAGAACAAGCUUUGGACAUUUCAGUUCCAUCUUUCUCACACUCCUCUUCAUCCAUCUUUGUCCUGGGGGAGAGGUGCCUCUACUGUCUCCGUGAUAACGGCCAGAUCCACUUCAUGAAGAAACUGGAGUUCAACCCCAGCUGCUUCCUGCCCUAUGCCUCAGUGUCUGAUGGCACAUUCAACUUGCUGCUCGGUAAUCACACCAACAUGCUGCUUGUUUACCAGGAUGUGACACUGAAGUGGGCUGCCCAGCUAUCAUUUGCACCUGUAGCAGUUCGUGUUGCCAACUUCCUUGAGUUAAAGGGAGUCGUGGUCACUUUGAGUUCAGAUGGUCACCUUCUGUGCUCCUACAUGGGUACAGACCCCUCCUUCUUCUCAACACCUAAGGUGGAUGCUCGAGAGGCAGACUAUGAGCAAGUGGAUUCUGAGAUGAAGAGGCUGCAGAAGUUCAUCAGAGAGGCAACAAGGAGUCAAGACAUCCUGCCUAAGCCUGCUGCUGAGGAUGAACUAACUGUUAUGGCUGCUGUGUCCUCCAGUAUGGACAGCCCAUCGCGAGCUCUGAUUCAAGAUAUUGAUGGUCUACCUGUCCCCUCAGUUACCAUACAGGUAAAGGUGAAGGCCAGCACUGUUUUACAGUCCUCUAAACUAACCAUCGGAGUCCAGCCACCAUUGACUGUCACUCAGGACCAAUUUGUCCUGGAUCCCAUGGGUAGUGGUUCCUCCACAGUAGUAGCAUUUUCUGCUUUCCUAAACGGCCGCUAUCCGCCUGCUGAUUUGACCGGCGAUAUCACCGUGUCCUACAGCUCCCCAACAGAACUUAAUCCCACAGGAAUUCCCAGGGUUCUCCAGUCCAGGUUCAGUCUUCCUUUGGGUUUGGUGUGUGUUUCUUCCUCGCCCACUAAAAACACCAAGUUUAAGAUCACUGUGGACACCAACCAGCCACCUGUCAACCUCAACUCUAUAUUUCCAGAGUUUUCACAGAAAUCAGAAGAUAAGGAUGGGAAUAGUUUGGCUUUUGAGUUCCUGUCAGGAGCCAAAGUGACUGUGCUGGCCUCAAGGACCUCCCAGCGAUACCGUAUUCAGAGUGAUAGUUUUGAGGACAUGUGGUUGGUGGUGAAGGAGCUGGUUCAGAGGUUUGACCAGCAUUUCUCCAAACUGGGAGUCAAGGACUUCAGGAAAAGUUUCAGUGGACCUCUACCUCUGCAGGACUACUUUCUGUCUGUGGAUCAGCACUUCCAAUUGCGUGUCAGUGCUCAGCAGUACCAGGACCUGUUGUCAGAGCGAGCAGUCCAGUUCAGAGCUAUCCAGCGUCGCUUGCUAACUCGUUUUAAAGAUAAAACACCGGCACCUUUGCAGAACCUGGACACACUGCUCGAUGCUACAUAUACUCAGGUGAUGGAGUUGGCAGAGGCUGCUGAGGAGAAUCGGGCUCGGCUGGAGGAGGCAUUUGUCCGUUUGCGCAGUGCUACACACCUGCUGGUGCUGUUGCUGUCACUGUGGCAGGGCCUGACGCCCGACCAGACCACCAUACUGGAGGCCACGCUGCUGCCACUGCUUCAGGAUACACCACAACUGGGCUGGGAGGAGAGUUGUGAUGCUGCUGUCUCUCACCUCCUGCGGACCUGCCUCUCACGGAGCCCCAAGGACAAGCCACAUCACUGGCACAGACGGAGGCCAGUGCUUGGUCUCCCUCGUGAUACCACGCGCCUCAAAAGGCACAUCACCUUGCUGUGCGAUCGCAUUGAAGGAGGGCGCCUCACCCUAGCCUCUGAUGCCAAUGCCCAGGUCCCAGCCCAAGUCCAGAACCUCGCUGCACCCUGGUGA